AUGUGUGUGUGCACACUCAAUUGUAAACUAGAUGUUGUGAAAGUGAAGACCAACUCUCAUAGUGAUGGUAAAGAUAAUAAUGAGAAGAAAGGUAAAAUACGAGCAUUUCUAGAUCGUUUAAAUAUUUCAUGUCUAUUGACUUUAAUGUCCCUUUUUACUACUACAGAUGAUUAUUAUGAUAGUAUUGCUAAUAAGAAUAAUAUAUGGAAUGGCGCCAAUUUAGACAGACGUACAAAUCAAGCAGAUAAUUUUUGUCACUUCUGUAUAUCGUAA